CCGUCCUCCCGCGGCGUCGCUCCGGAUCGCGCCGCCACGGUGCAGUGCUCGCUGGAGCGGGCAACGCGCGAGACGCUCGAGCGCAGUGCGCGCGCGUCGCUUGGACUUUUACGCGACUCGCGCUUACGCAAAGGAGCAGCGUGAUGGGCGCCGAUCCCGAACCUCGCGGAUAAGGAAUCGAGCUACGCCUGGGUACGAGCCGCCAGUCCGAGACUUGUCGCAUCCCAACGUCCGUCACUCGUGGCGGGGAGUUCGGCAACCAUGGCUGACCCGACUAUACAAACGUUCUGCUGCCACCACAACAAUCGCACCGACAUGGCCACAAGCAUCAUGAACGAAUUCAACACCGACGCUUACAAUACCGUCUGCAUGGUGUCGUCGUCGCUUGGAAUUAUGGGAGCUAUUUAUCAGGUAUUACCUCGGCAAGAGUCGAAUAUGCAACUUAGGUGGCAAGGCUUCUCAGCAGCGAGGAGUAGGGACAUCAUUGGAUGGCUUGCUGUAGCCGAUCUGUUCGCAUCGUCAGGUGUGUUCAUUAGGUCGGCUCUGUGGAUGAAUUUCAAAUCUAUAAUGCCGAUGGAGGACGACACUUCGAGUGUUAUUUUCUGUGCCAUUUCAUCGGCAUGGACACAGUAUUUUUAUAUGGCAACGUGGAUUUGGACGCUUUGCUACGCCAUCGACAUGAAGUUACUGCUGGGCGAACGGGUCGGACGACCACUCUUGUAUCACUUGUUCGCCUGGAUAUGCCCAGCUGCACUCACACUGAUCGGUCUGUCCAUUUUAUACGUUCCCGAUGCAAAUUGUCAUAACGUGACGACACUACCAUCGGCAAUUCUACGAGUUCUCCCGAAUUACCUUGCCACCUACGUUCUUCUCGCAAUCGUCAUGAUCGUCAACCCUGUGCUGUACAUCUCGUCGUCGAGAGAUUUGAAGAACGUGGUGGCUUGUAGUAUGGCACAAAUGACCGGCAGAGAGCGGAAGCUGGUGCAAACGAUCAGACUGAAGUUCGCCAUGACAAAUCUCGCUUACUACGUUUGCUGGAUACCAAAUUUACUCAAUGGCAUCCUCUUGUGGACACUGUGGUUCAAACUGCCCGUCAGAGUUAUCAUCACUUUGUGGUACAUUAUGGCAGUGACGAAUCCGCUGCAAGCGUUUUUCAACGCGCUAGUCUACAAGAGAUGGGGCCGAAAGGAAAAGUUUCGUUUGGAGUGGUGUUACAAAUUGAAGAGACUGAGAACCAAUUACUUCGGGCACACCGACGCCAGUUCCGACAUAACAGAGUCAUCUCCUUUACUCAACCCACAGUACAGGUGUACACCGCACACUAGCAUCAACGGCUCGUCGUCGUUGUAAUA